AUGGCUCCUUGGAUGAGGACCACAACGGAGCGAUAUGGCGUGGGUAAGUAACCCACACUCACCUCUGCAGUCCUCCGUGUGUGUGUAUGUGUGUAUGUGUGUGUGUGUGUGUAUGUGUGUAUGUGUUUGUGUGUGUCUGCUUGCAGAGGGUGAUCUCCGAUCGCCCUCACUUCCUCCUUGACUGGAAGUGGGCAGGUUUCAGCUAACUGACUCACAUUCUGACUAUGUCUGCACAGACAUGAUAGAGAGAGAUGAGGUAGAGAUCACUGAUAGACCUCCCAGAGUGCUUUAAUGGCUGCAUCAGAAAGUGACUUUGUGACAUGACUGUCAGGAAUCACUUGACACACAUGAUAGCAGUUGCUCUGGCUCAACACUGGCAUGUUUCCUAAUCAGAAAGACUGAUUCCUAUCACUGUCACUUUUCAUAAACAUAAACAUAUUGAUCUUCAGAGCAGGGUUUGUAUUUGUUGCAGCAGUUCUAAAAUGCAUUAAAACAGUGAUGGGCAACUAACGGCCCCACGGGCUGCAUGCCCCCCUUUUUAUUUGUAGGAACUCAGUCGGGAUCUCAACAUACUGUAGAAUAGUAGAAAACUGCUGAUGCACAAUCAAACAUUUUUAUCAUAAAAAUUUAUGACGCAUGACUGUAAGUCGCUAGGAUAAAAGCGUCUGCUAUGGCAUAUUAUUAUUAUUAUUAUUAUUACUAUUCUAACUCUAAAAAGUAAAUUGAGACCCCGAUUGAGUUCCAAAAACCCCCCCAUAUUAGUUAGUUAGUCUAAACGUGUAGUAAUCAUGGUUGAAUUACCGACCGGGGCACCAUCAUUGAUUUUGUUAGUCGAACAUUUCUCUCCACCCUAUGGCAAAUUAGCUGUAAAACAGAUUUUUUUUCUCUCAGCCCCAUGGCAAAUUGAGUAAAAUGGAAUGAAAUUAGUUAUACAAUUGCAAAAUCUUCUCACUACCUAGUGCUGUCACGGUAACCUUAUUACCGCCACACCGGCAGUCAUGAGUCAUGACCGCAGUCAAAUUCCCUGUGACCAUUGUUCAAGGUUAUCCCAUCCAAAACUACGUAAAUAAUGGAGCUGAUGGGUAGCCUACCAAAUUUGCUAACGGCCCUCGCUAAUGGCCUGGUACUCAGCACUCUAUUGUCCCUCUAAUCACUCUCUAAACACUUCAUGAUUGAAUUUGAAUAAUCUGAAUGAAGAGGACAAAUGGUGAUGGGAGUUAGAGGUCCUGUUCCGAAAUGGACGCGGGAAAGCUCCGGACCCAAUAUGCAUAAAUAAACAGUUUUAACUUGUUCCGAAAGGACCUAAAGGACAACCAGACCCGUCACCUUAUAGACCCGGUCCGAUCCGAGUGAGGGAAGCAGCAGAAAAGCCAAUUGUUUUGCUACUUUGGAGCCAUGGAGAAAAGGGAGAGAGAGAGGCACAGAGCAAGCAGCUGUAGGUUAUAGGGAGCGGGAAAGCCGUGCAGUGUGUGUGUGAAUGUGUGUGCAAGACAGGGGGCCUUGGAGCACUGGAGCAGGCACAGAGGGAGAGACCGCAACCACUGUUAACUCCCACUAGACUAACUUCUUGUUAGUUAUUUAUCAUCCCAUCCGAUUACAUAGUACCUGUCUUGACUGCAUCACACUAAGAGAAACUAGCUAACUACAUUACUGCGCUUCUCACCGUCCUACAGUUAGCCUACACAUAACAACAACUCCAUUCAGAUUAUAGCCUAAAUAGCAGCAUACCUGUUGGCUUUUGGUCGUUGUAGCCUUUCUUCCACAUUUCACUUUUAAUUAUGUCAUCUUCCAUUGAUUAGAUAUACCCUAACUUGCUUGGUAUACAAGCUCACUCUUAGAAAAAAGUGUUCUUUGGCUGUCCCCAUAGGAGAACCCUUUUUGGUUCCAGGUAGAACCCUUUUUGGUUCCAGGUAGAACUAUUUUGGGUUCCAUGUAGAACCCUCUGUGGAAAGGGCUCUACAUGGAACUCAAAAGGGUUCUACCUGGAACCAAAAGGGGUUCUUCAAAGGGUUCUCCUAUGGGGACAGCUGAAAAAACCUUUUAGGUUCUAGAAAGCACCUGUUUUUCUAAGAGCGCAGAGCAGCAAUGCAAUUGUAUCUCUCUCGCCACAAGGAUCAGAGUGCAUGCCUUUCUUGCAACUUUUUUCCAAAUCAUCAGUAUAAAGUCAUAUCAUGCAGCCCAUAUAUUUUGAUUUCUAAGACAUUCCCAGGUUGCAUGACAAUUACCCGCUGACAGAAUGUCAUGACCGUCACAGCCCUAUAGACUCCGACCCAUGGCAAAAUGUGUAGAAUUGCAGCAAAUGUGCUUUAAAACCGCAACAUUUUCUCUACGUUCCACGGCUAAAUGUGUAGAAUUGCAGGAAAUUAUUUAUAAAAUUGCGAAAUCUUCUUUCAUGUUAGAUUGAAAACACAGGAAGUGUAGAAGGGAGGAAGUAACAUGAGGUUUCUGGGUGUAACAAAUAAAACAGCAGCACAGUGGUGUGAGUAGGUUUCCAUUCCUAACAUCAUGUGUACACAGACCUAUAAAACACCAGAACAAUGGAAGACAGUGUACAAACAAGUUUGUUUUUUUGUUUAUAUAUUUGUAUUGAACAUAUAAAAGAAGGCACAGUUCUUGACCUAGUUGUACAAACAUAUAUCCUAUUUUCUUUUUGUAAUCUGAACAAGCAUGUAUACCCUGAGUUUACCAAACAUUAGGAACACCUUCCUAAUAUUGAGUUCAACAGCAGGUUGGAACUGAGUGUAAAACAUGUUCGUUGUGGAUGUUGUUUCAAAGCCUAACACAACAAAAUGGACAGCACUUUCUUUCUAAGGUGAUGAUUAAUUCAAAACACCCAUACGUAUUUUAGAGCUUAUGAAUACGGAUAGGCUUAUGAGUUCAAGCAAAUACAUAUUACGCAUGGCAGAAAAACAUAAUACAAAACUGAUUUAAGAUGUCUUUGGUACAUAAUUGGUGUAGCCUAUACUCCUAAAUUAAACAAAUUUGAGUAAUCGCCUUUGAGUGUGGACUGUAUUAUUAUGCAUACUGGAUGGACUGGUUGCCUUAUGCUACACUCCAAAAUGUCUACCCACAAGUCUGGGAGAGAACGUAUAGCCCUAGGUGAUGCUGUUGGUUCAUUGAUUGUGAAGGGAGGCUUACAGUAAGCCUACAAUUAUAGUGAAUUUGUAUUUGAUUUUGAAUAGUUUAGUAAUAGGGAAUUUUCAUAAUUAACUGGGUGACACAUUACCUUUAGCUAUACAGAAUAUCUCACCACCAUGCGUUUCCAUCUCCUCCUCGCUCUCCUUUAUUCCUUUCUCGAGGGAGCAGAGUGUCAACAGUUUAGUGAAAUAUGUUUUGUUUGCGAAAACGUCAUUUGGUUUCCCAAAUUAAGCACUGGGUAGCUGCAGGAACAGGGUUGGAGAGCCCAUGGCUUAUAUAGUUUGGGCAGAAUAUCACCUGUCGCGCAUCUGGGCCUCGGCCCCACUACGGAUUCUGGGACACACUGUAUGACGCACCUCUGGAACUUUCCUCACUGUGUGUGUGUGUGUGUGUGUUUGUGUGUGUGUGUGUGUUUGUGUGUGUGUGUGUGUGUGUGUGUGUGUGUGUGUUUAUCUGCACGUGUGGAUGUGUGUUUGUAUGAGAGAGAGCAUAUCUUUGUCAGUUACAGUAAACAGUGUGUGUGUAUGUAUGUGUAGCAGUGCAGACAGACAUCUGUCAGCAGGGUGCCCCUAGGAGGGCAGGAGAAGGAAGAAGAGGGGGAUGAGGAGGAGGGGAGGUACUGUAUAAGAGAAGAAGAGUAGCUAAAUCUAUACCAAACAUUAGGAACACCUUCCUAAUAUUGAGUUGCACUCCCCCUUUUGCCCUCAGAACAGCCUCAAUUCGUCAGGCAUGGACUCUACAAGGUGUCGAAAGUGUUCCACAGGGAUGCUGGCCAAUGUUGACUUCAAUGCUUCCCACAGUUGUGUCAAGUUGGCUGGAUGUCCUUUGGGUGGUGGACCAUUCUUUAUACACACAGGGAACUGUUGAGCGUGAAAAACCCAGCAGCGUUGCAGUUCUUCACACAAACAAGUGCGCCUGGCACCUACUACCAUACCCCGUUCAAAGGGACUUAAAUCUUUUGUCUUGCCCAUUCACCCUCUGAAUGGUACACAUACACAUUCCAUGUCUCAGUUGUCUCAAGGCUUAAAAAUCCUUCCUUAUCCUGUCUCAUCCCCUUCAUCUAAACUGAUUGAAGUGGAUUUAACAAGUGACAUCAAUAAGGGAUCAUAGCUUUCACCUGGAUUCACCUGGUCAGCCUGUCAUGGAAAGAGCAGGUGUUCAUAAUGUUUUGUACAGUCAGUGUAUAUGCUUGUUCACCAACAAGCAAAGAAAACCCAACAUACAAUACAAAAAUAAUAGUAAAACAAAAUCCAACAUACCCUCCCUCCCCGAACAAGAAACGUUGAUUGUUUUUGUUGGUUUUAAGUGUGCAAACAAAAGCUAAUGGUUAGUUUCGGUUAUGUUUCUCUAUUCUAGGGUCUCUCUUACUGAUGUGGAAUUCAUUGGUCACCUCUCUGUGUCUCUUAGUGAUGUGUCAUUUCAUUGGCCAUCUCUCUUUGUCUCCUCUAGUAACGUGGAAUUUCAUUGGCCUUGGGGUGAAGCAGCUGUCUCUGGAGGUUGGGGACACAGUCCACAUCCAGGAGACCUGCGAUGGUGAGGGAGCUGACUGGGAAUGUUGUGGUUUUACUGGGAAUAAUGUGGGGUGUAAACUGGGAGUAAUGUCUGGGUCUGGAUGUCAUUCUUUUUGCUGAUUACCGCUAUUAGCCAGUUUUACAGUGUGUGUAGGUGUGUGUGCUGUGACUGGAUAUGAUAUGUGUAUGUGCUGUGACUGUACCCUGUGUUCCCUGGUUGCAGGCUGGUAUAAAGGCUACCUGGUCAGGAACAAGGAUCAACAAGUAAGACGCACCUGGACAGGAUAGAUGCGUUGGGUGAAAGUGCAUGUUAUUUUGGUGAGGAAGUGAGCUAAUAUUAUUUCUAUGUACUCUCUCCCUCACACUUUAUGUCUCUCCUUUCUCCCCACUCUCUACCUCUCUCCCCCCACAUCUUCACAGGGAGCGUUCCCGGCCAGCAUAGUGCAGCUGAGGAAGGCAAUCAUUAAAAAGCAAGGGUGAGUGGUGUGUGUCUGUGUGUUUGUAUGUAUGUCAGUGUGUUUGUGUGUGCGUGUGUGUGUGUGUGUGUCAUUGCCAUAUGCUUACCUGUUUGUGUGUGUGUGUGUGUGUGUGUGUGUAUGUGUGUGUCAGUAAUAUGUGGUAUUCAUUCCACAGGGACCAGGAGGUGGUGUUGUCAGCAGAGAUGCCCCUAGUGAAGGAGGUGACCACCACUCUGAGGGAGUGGGGAAGCAUCUGGAAACAGCUCUUCGUGGUAAACACCCCAACACUCUUUGUGUGUGUGUGGUAUGUGUGUGUACGUGCACAUGUACAGAUGUAGGAUCUUAAUUUGAGCCAGUUUGCUCCAGCAGGAAAAUAAUCCUGCAGCAACAGGAAAUGUAAAUUAUUCUGACAUUAGUCUGACAUAGUCUGACAUUUUAAAGUGGAAAUUACUAACUUUAGAAGCUGUUUUAAACCUUGAAUACACUACAAGCUUGCAUUUCCUGUUGUGCAGGAAAAUUCUCAGCAACAAAAGAGUGAUCAAAAAGAUCCUACAUCUCUACGUGUGUGUGUGUGUGUGUGCGUCUGUGUGUGUGUAGGGUGUGUGUAUGGUGUAUGUGUGUAACCAUUUGUAUCUGUGUGUAGGCCAAUAAGAAGACGCAUGUGGUGCAGGUCCAACGGCUGAUGUGGGAUCUGAUGGAAUGGCGUUCCCAGCUCCUGUCUGGCACGUUGCCUAGCGACGAGUUCAAGGAGCUCAAACAGAAAGUCACCUCCAAAAUUGACUAUGGCAACAAGUAUGGACCAUAAACUCUAACAGAACUACACUCUUAGAAUGAGUGGUGACUCGAGGAACCAUGGAGAUCCUCAAGGAACCCCUGGAGUUCCUCAAGGAACCAUUUCUAUUCAAUGGAUAAUAUUUGCACCUUCGGUUAGUUGAGGGGUUCUUGGAGGAACCUUUAAUGGUUCAAUGUAGCAACGGGUUCCUCUGGAGUGGAGACAUGGCGUAGUAGUGACAUGGCUUUAAGAUAUCUUUUUUGGGGGCCACCUGUUAGAGUAAAUGUCAUUCCUGUUCAUCUGUUCUGUUGCAUUGUCAUCACGUUAAGGUUGAACACUGACAGUUGUGUAGCUUCAAUGAGUGCGGUUACAUGCAAAAAUGCAAUUAUUGUCGAUAGUCAGAUUAAAAUAAUAGUUUGAUUAAAUAAUUGACAUGCUUUGCAAGAAGAACGAUUUCCCUAAUAAUCCUGUUUACAUGGACACAUCUGAAAUCAGGCUACCUGAUUCGCACUCUGAUAAAUGCAGAAAAUUGCCAAUCAAAAUAAACGUUCUGUCACAGCGAACAUGUUAUUUUUGCAAAGCAUAUUUGAUACUGAGUUCGGACAUAUAAAGUUUGUAUGUGAAAACUACUUCUAAGAAGUUGUUCCGAACACACUUUACUCACUCUAAAGAGGGAGGCUCGCUUGGCUGGUGCUAGCACAUGCGCAGAUCAAAUACACUGCUGGAACGCCGCUUAAGGUGUUUACAUGUCCUAAUCAUUUGAAAGAUUGCUCAGAAAACCAGAGGUUUUAAUCGGCAUAUGCUUUCUUCGAUUUUGACCUUAGGCCGAUUAAGAUAAGCAGAGUAUGGUAUUUACACGACUAUUGCAUAAUCUGCCUACUGCCAUAAUUAGUUUAAUAUUGAAUUAUUAGUGUGCAUGUAAACGUACUCAAUGAGGGUAACAGAGGUGUAUGAGUUCCUCAAGAGCCUACGCAAAUCCCAAAGUUGAAAUAGCUACCACUUUAUUACUGCAUGUAAUCAAUAAUGUUAAUAUUACUAAUAUUAUAUUAGAAUAUGUAAUAUGCAUAAAUAUUCAAGGAACAUUUUAAUUUGCAGUGUACAAACUUAACAUGAUGAACAGGAAUUACAUUUACAGGUGACCAAAAUUAAAUAUUUGAAAGCCACACUUCCAAUAAACCAUGCCUCCAAUCUGGUAGGCUGCCACCUCUACAAUAUAUUAUUAAAAAGGUUAAUAACUGAACCCCUUCCGUCACAAAAAGGUUUGGGUUUGAACCUUUACACAGGGGUUCCUCGAAGACCCUUUACACAGGGGUUCCUCGAAGACCCUUUUCAGAGGGGUUCCUCAAGGAACCUUUUUUAACUGGAAAGGUUCCUCCGGUGAGGCAACCCAAAAGGUUCUUCCAGGCACCUUUACUUCUAAGAGUGUACAUUAUCACUAAAAUAGAUCAUUCUCAUUUAUCAUUCUCAUUUCGGGGAAAUCCAUCUCUGCAUCUGUCUGAGACAUAAAUAUUGUAUUUCUCUUCCUCUAUCUUCUCCUUCUCCUCCUCAUUCCUCCUCCUCCUACAUCCUCCACCUCCCUCCUCUUCAUCCUCCUCCUUCUCCUCCUCCUCCUUCUUCCUCCUCCUCCUCCUCCUUCCUCCUCCCUGUCCCCUCCAGGAUCUUGAAGUUGGACCUGGUGGUGCGGGAUGUGAAUGGGAACAUGCUGGACCCAGAGAACACCAGCGUGAUCAGCCUGUUCAGAGCACACCAAGAUGCCACCACCAAGAUCAACGAACGCAUCAAAGAGGAACAGGUCAGGUUUUAACAAACCUAUCACAACGAUAAAUCUUAGUGCUAUAGGUUCUGGAAUUAUGGGCGCAGUAGCUGGUGGUGGCACGAAAGGGCUGGGUUUUGAUGAAUAAUCAAGUUGUUGGUGUGUUGAGGCUUGGCACCUAACUGGCCAAUCAGAACAUGCUCCAUGGCUAAAUAUAUGGUUGCUUCAAGUUGGGUAUUUAUGGUAUUUUAUGUAUUGCAUUGUCAUCAACUCCAAUUUGAAUGUUAGUCUAUUAUAGCCUAGUUCGUUAAAUAGCCAGCACCAUAUUUGCAAAAUAUGAUUAACAUGUUUGCAGUCCGAAUUGUUCUAAUUGCACUGCUUCAAUAUGAAAAUACAUUGUUAAACACUAUAGUAUUCACACUGAUAUAGAGUCUAGGCCUACUGGAAAUUGUAGUCUGGAAAUGCCAACCGUAGUCAAUAAGCAUGAAGAUUAAAUAUACUAGGCUAUUGAUAAGGCCUAAAAAUAUUGAUAAUUCGAAUCAAAUUCUAAUAAAAACGAAACAACAACUUGUUUUAAAUAGGCUACAGAUGUAGGAUCUUAAUUUGAGCCAGUUUGCGACAGCAGGAGAAAAUCCUGCAGCAACUAGAAAUGUAAAUUAUUAUGUUGAUUAUAAUUCAUGGACAUUUGUGUAGGGGUUGAUACAGUUUUCGUAAGGAAAAGUCAAGUCUGAAAUUUCAACGUGGAAAUUACAAACUUCAGAAGCCUUUUUUUAACCUCAAAUAUGCUACAAGUUUUACAUUUCCUUCUUUGCAACAGGGUGAUCAAAUUAAGAUCCUACAUCUGUAUGUCUGAAAAACAGUUACAGGUUAAUUGCUCCCCGUGGGUUUAUAAUACAGACAAGGCAACUUGGAAUAUGGACUAUGGAAUUUAGAUUAUGGAGGGUUUUACGCACAUCCAAACUUUUCACAGGAGCUGGAUAAAAAUUCAAUAUACAGAGAAAGGGGGAAUGUCCACUCACCGUUAUACUGCUCGCAAAUGUAAUGUUUUAUAAACAUAAUGGAACCAUUUUAGAGAUCAUAUUUGCACUUCUUCAGAUUGCAUUGCAUUCGAGCCAUGACAUGUUCUCACCAUAAACCCAUGGACGGUUAAUAUUUUUUAAUACGUUUGGUUUUUAAUCAAAUUAAACGAAAAACAGUCAAUCUUAAAAAAAAAAAAAAAAAAAAAACAAGAUCGGGUCAGAAGCAUGAUAUCAUAAAUCGCUUCUCUAGUUCCACGGCACUAUGUGCACAUGAAGGCCUAAAUGUCUUCACGCAUAACAUUCACACGUCUAUACAAAACACUAGGCUCCUGUCAAUUGUGUCGUUGCCUAUGUGAGAGGCAGAUUCUCAAAAAGAUCUGCCGUUGAUAUGGCAUUAUAGGAUGACUGAAUAGUUUGGACUGGAGGAACGUGUCUUUGGUAAUCGGACGAGGGGCGCUCUUUGAAAAUGGGGAUGAAUAACCUACUUGAACAAUCGAAAUUAAGUAUGCAGGUAUGUGCAUUGUGAAAAAGCAUGAGGGCAAAAACCUCUAAAAUAUUUCGAAACAUUCUCAGUAGACCAUUUAAAACCACUUUAUUCAUAGGCUACUUGGCUAAUGGCCAUUGAUAAAAAGACACACUUACUGUAUGCGAUGCCGCUGAACCAGCCUUGAUUAAGUGGAGGGUAGGCUACGCUUGGUUUUUAAUUAAAUUAAACGAAAUGGGGGGAAACCAAUCGUUUUUUAAUGGUUCUAAAUAUGAUAUUCACCUGCACAAAAUGCACAUUUCUCUUCCAUGUGCACUGUGUGUCAUGGCUGGAUCGGCUGCGCUUCUGCUUUUAAGAUACAUGCCAUUAUCAACAGCGUUACCGUUAAGACCUGCUUUUCGUGGAUCCUAAAACUUCCAAAUAGCGCUGCAUGAAAUGGUCACUUGCGCUUGUUUUUAAGGACACACCUCAGAUAUUGCCACCCCUCCCACCUCAGAUGUUAGACCGGUAAAUUGCCGAACCUGGCGUUAGAGCUGGAAAAUGCCAGUGCACCCGUUUUUACAUGACAAAAUUGCAAACUCUUGCGCCUCCUUAGCGCCAGCCGAAAAUAGAGCGCAGCGUAAGAGAGAAAGACUGAGACUAACAGAAAGUGGGGACAGGUUUGAAAAGGUAGAGUUACAGAGAUUGGGAAAACAGUGUGGAUGAAGUAAGAUUGAGAGAGAUGAGAAAGUAAUGGUAGAGAUAGAGAGAAUACAAAGAAGACUUUGAUAUCCAAGAGUAUAGCCAUUGUUCACACUCCCCUUACAUUUCUCUCUCUCUCUCUCUCUCUCUCUCUCUCUCUCUCUCUCUCUCUCUCUCUCUCUCUCUCUCUCUCUCUCUCUCUCUCUCUCUCUCUCUCUCUUUCUCUCUAUUUCUCUCUCUCUCUCUCGCUCUCUCUCUCUCUCUCUCUCUCUUUCUUUCUCCCUCUUCUCUAGUCCAACGAUCAGACGGGCCACUCGGUAAUCUCGGCCCGGAUCCAGUCCUCUCCCACUCACAGCCUCUAUGUCUUCGUCCGGAACUUUGUCUGUCGGAUCGGAGAGGAUUCUGAACUCUUCAUGUCCCUAUACGACCCCAACAAACAGACCAUCAUCAGGUCUCUAUCUAAACAUCCCUCUAUCCAUUUAUCUUUUUACAUCUAUCUUGUGCUUCUGUCACCCUCCCUCCCUCUGUCUCUAUUUCUUUCUCUCUCCUCCUCUCUCUCCCCCGCUCUCUUUCUCCUCUUACCCCCCUUCCAUAUUUUUUUAUUCCUGUACUGUACUGUACUGAAGCGUAGUCAAUUAACGAUAAACAUAGAAUGCUGCACAUAGAAGGCAGAGUUUGACUGACACCUGUCAGUGCUCUAACACCAGUGAUGAUGAUAGAUACCUGCCUCUCUCAUUCUCACUACUUUUCUCUUCCUCUCCUCCUCUUAUAUCCAUGUCACCCUGUUCUCAAUAUGGUUGCAGUCUAAUGUACUGUAUAUACUAUUUCAUUAUGAACAUAGUAAUGCAGAACAUAGUGGGGCAGAGCUUGACUAACAGCUAAUGGGGAUAGCUGUCUAUCACUGUCAAGCAGACAGAUCUAUGCUCCUCUCCUUCCUUUCUCAUCCAGACCAGAGUAUUACAGCUGGGAUGUGACAUUCUCCAUCAUGCCCACAGUGUCUAAAGGCCUCCUUCUGUCAAACUGUGACAGGGAUAUUUUUGGAAGGUGUUGGCUUUGGAUGGCUUGGCAACGUUUCCCCAAUGUACACUUAGAGCAGAUUGAUAGGAAGUCACUUUCAAUCUUUGCUGGACAAGAAUAGUUAUAUUUAGGAGAAACGUUUUUUUUGAAGAGCUGAAAGCAAUGGAUUACCACAUUUUUUAGUUAAUGUCAAUUUGUUUGUUUUUUACAUGUGCAUUCAAUGCAUUUAGAUUCUUAUUGAGGGUUUAUUAAGUGUUUAUAAAACAUGUUCUGUUAACCCUUUCCAUGCCCUCCCUCUCCAGUGAGAACUACCUGAUCCGCUGGGGCAGUAAAGGCUUUCCUAAAGAGAUUGAAAUGCUGAACAACCUGAAGGUUGUCUUUACAGUAAGUCAUCACUAGAGAGCACUGUUUGAUGCAGAAAUGAUUCGGUAUCCCAAGUUAUUGAGGUAGCUACCAUCAUAUCAUUUAGGUCAGUGGUUCUCAACUGGUUGUGCCUUGGGACCCCCGUGUUAUUUAGAUUUCUCCUCCCUCCAUCCCUCCAGGACCUGGGUAAUAAGGAUUUGAACAGAGAGAAGAUCUACCUGAUCUGUCAGAUAGUGAGAGUGGGUUGUAUGGAACUGAAAGAGACUAACACCAAGAAGUGUACCCAAGGCCUCCGCAGGCCCUUUGGAGUGGCAGGUAGGUACUAGUUUAUGGCAUAAGGUAGUGGGCAGUGUUCGAGAUAUUAGCUGAUGUACGAAGGGCUAUAUGAAAUAAAAUUGAUUGAUUGAUUGAUUAACAAGAUUUUGAAUUGGGAUCCACUGACACUGGUCACGGCUUGACAUACAUUGAUAUUAUUUACUAGGUGGAUCACAGAAAAUGUAAAAGAGUCCAUUCUUUUCUUCUUCUCUGCAGUGAUGGACAUCAGUGACAUCAUCAAAGGAAAGAUAGAGUGUGACGAGGAGAAGCAGUAUUUUAUCCCCUUCGUUCCGUGAGUCCUGCCUCCUUCUCCCUGUCCUCCUCUCUCCCUCCAUCCCUAUCUAGUUUAGUCAUUGUAAUGUAGUUGAAAAGUGUAUAUAUUUUUUAUUAUUCUUGUAAUUUCUUUAGGGGGUAUGUAGUUGAAAUGUUUGUGUGUGUGUGUUUACAGGGUUGUGGGGGAGAAUGACUUCCUCCACUCCCUGCUGAACAAGGUGACAUCAUCACGAGGAGACAGUGGAGGACAAGGUACCACACACCUCACAGAGUAGCCCAAAUGAGCACUUCAUGGCUGAUGUCUCUACUCAAUCAAUCAAUGACAUUUUAUUUAUAAAGCCCUUUUUACAUCAGCAGAUGUUACAAAGUGCUAUACAGAAACCCAGCCUAAAACCCCAAACAGCAAGCAAUGCAGAUGUAGAAGCACGGUGGCUAGGAAAAACUCCCUAAAAAAGCAGAAACCUAGGAAGAAACCUAGAGAGGAACCAGGCUCUGAGGGGUGGCCUGUCCCCUUCUGGCUGUGCCGGGUGGAGAUUAUAACAGUACAUGGCCAUUAAGGCCAGAUUUUCCUCCAAGAUGUUCAAACGUUCAUAGACGACCAGCAGGGUCAAAUAAUAAUCAGUGGUUGUGGAGGUUGCAACAGGUCAGCACCUCAGGAGUAAAUGUCACUUGGCUUUUCAUAGACAGGCAUUUAGAGGUUGAAAUAGCAGGUACGGUAGAGAGAGAAAGUUGAAAACAGCAGGUCUGGGACAAGGUAGCACAUCUGGUGAACAGGUCAGGGUUCCAUAGCCGCAGGCAGAAGAGUUGAAACUGGAGCAGCAGCACGACUAGGUGGACUGGGGACAGCAAGGAGUCAUCAGGCCAGGUAGUGUGAUGCGUGAUUUGAAGGAGUCAGGCGCAGGAUGGUAAAUCACAGAAUACAGAGUUUAUGCCGUAAUACAGCGUUACGCAGAAUAGCGUCAACCAGUCCAGUGCGCAAAACAGGCGCACUGGAACAAAACAGGCACACAGGGAAAAUAUACCCCGGCAAUACAAAAUGCACUGAGCUCAACCGAGCUACUACUCCUCACAAUAAACAAUCACCCACAAGGACAAGGGGGGCAGAGGGAACACUUAUACACGUACUAAUGAGGGGAUAUGAACCAGGUGUGUGUAAUAGAUAAGACACAACAAAUGGAAUGAUGAGAUAUGGAGAAGGAGAGGAGGCAGCUUCGGAGGAAGUCGUGACAGGUAGUCCUGAGGCAUGGUCCUGGGGCUCAGGUCCUCCAGGAUGGGAGGGAGAGAGGGAGAGAGAGAGAAUUAGAGGGAGCAUACUUAAAUUCACACAAGACACCGGAUAAGACAGGAGAAUAACACCAGAUAUAACAGACUGACCCUAGCCCCCCGGCAUAUAGACUAUUGUAGCAUAGAUACUGGAGGCUGAGACAGGGGUGGGUCGGGGGAUACUGUGGCCCCGUCCCACGAUACCCCCAGACAGGGCCAACCAGGCAGGAUAUAACCCCACCCACUUUGCCAAAGCACAGACCCCACACCACCAGAGGGAUAUCAACAGACCACCAACCUACUACCCUGAGACAAGGCUGAGUAUAGCCCACGAAGAUCUCCUCCAAUGCACGAGCCUGAGGGAGCGACAAACCGGACAGGAAGAUCACGUCAGUGACUCAACCCACUCAAGUGAUGCACCCCUCCUAGGGACGGCAUGGAAAGCACCAGUAAUUCAGUGACUCAGCCCCCGUAAUAGGGUCAGAGGCAGAGAAUCCCAAUUGACAUACAGGAACCGGCCAAGCAGAGACAGCAAGGGCGGUUUGUCGCUCCAGUGCCUUUACGUUCACCUUCGCACCCCUGGGCCAGACUACACUCAAUCAUAGAACCUACUGAAGAGAUGAGUUUUCAGUAAAGACUUAAAGGUUGAGACCGAGUCUGCGUCUCUCACAUAGAUAGGCAGACCAUUCCAUAAAAAUGGAGCUCUAUAGGAGAAAGCCCAGCCUCCAGCUGUUUGCUUAGAAAUUCUAGGGACAAUAAGGGGGCAUGCGUCUUGUACAUGUAGGUAUGUACGGCAGGACCAAAUCGGAGAGAUAGGUAGGCGCAAGCCCAUGUAAUGCUUUGUAGGUUAGCAGUAAAACCUUGAAAUCAGCCCUAGCCUUAACAGGAAGCCAGUGUAGAGAGGCUAGCACUGGAGUAAUAUGAUCAAAUGUUUCUAGCAGCCGUAUUGUAACUGAAGUUUAUUUAGUGCUUUAUCCGGGUAGCCGGAGAGUAGAGCAUUGCAGUAGUCUAAUCUAGAAGUGACAAAAGCAUGGAUUAGCUUUUCUGCAUCAUUUCUGGACAAGAAGUUUCAGAUUUUUGCAAUGUUACGAAGAUGGAAAAAGCUGUCCUUGAAAUAUUCUUGAUAUGUUCGUCAAAAGAGAGAUCAGGGUCCAGAGUAACGCUGAGGUCCUUCACAGUUUUUUUUUAGACAACUGUACAACCAUCAAAUUAAUUGUCAGAUCCAACAGCAGAUCUCUUUGUUUCUUCGGACCUAGAACUAGCAUCUCUGUUUUGUCCGAGUUUAAAAGUAAAACAUUUCCAUUCACUUCCUUAUGUCUGAAACACAUGCUUCCAGGGUAGGCAAUUUUGGGGCUUCACCAUGUUUCAUCGAAAUGUAGAGCUGUGUGUCGUCCGCAUAGCAAUGAAAGUUAACAUUGUGUUUCCGAAUGACAUCACCAAGAGCUAAAAUAUAUAGUGAAAACAAUAGUGGUCCUAAAACGGAACCUUGAGGAACACCAAAACGUACAAUUGAUUUGUCAGAGGACGAACCAUCCACAGAGACAAACUGAUAUCUUUCCGACAGAUAAGAUCUAAACCAGGCAAGAACUUGUCCGUGUAGACCAAUUAAGGUUUCCAAUCUCUCCAAAAGAAUGUGGUGAUCGAUGGUGUCAAAAGCAGCACUAAGGUCUAGGAGCAUGAGGACAGAUGCAGAGCCUUGGUCUGACGCCAUUAAAACGUCAUUUACCACCUUCACAAGUGCGGUCACAGUGCUAUGAUGGGGUCUAAAACUAGACUCAAGCGUUUCGUAUAAAUGUUUUAUCUUCAGGAAGGCAGUGAGUUGCUGCACAACAGCUUUUUUGUAAAAUGGGAAUGGGAGAUUCGAUAUAGGCUGAUAGUUUGUUACAUUUUCUGGGUCAAGGUUUGGCUUUUUCAAGAGAGGCUUUAUUACUGCCACUUUUAGUGAGUUUGGUACACAUCCAGUGGAUAGAGAGCCAUUUAUUAUGUUCAACAUAGGAGGGCCAAGCACAGGAAGUAGCUCUUUCAGUAGUUUAGUUGGAAUAGGAUCCAGUAUGCAGCUUGAACGUUUAGAGACCAUGACUAUUGUCAUGAAUGUGUCAAGAGAUAUAGGAUUAAAAAACAUGAGUGUCUCCAUUGAUCCUUGGUCCUGGCAGUUUUGUGCAGACUCAGGACAGCUGAGCUUUGGAGAAAUACGCAGAUUCAAAGAGGAGUCCGUAAUUUGCUUUCUAAUGAUCAUGAUCUUUUCGUCAAAGAAGUUCAUGAAUUCAUCACUGCUGAAGUAAAAGGCAUCCUCUCUUGGGGAGUGCUGCUUUUUAGUUAGCAUUGCGAAAGUAUCAAAUAGAAAUGUUGGAUUGUUCUUAUUCUCCUCAAUUAGGUUGGAACAAUAGGAUGAUCAAGCAGCAGUGAGGGCUCUUCGAUAUUGCUCUGUACUUUCUUUCCAAGCUAGUAGGAAGACUUCCAGUUUGGUGGAGCGCCAUUUCUGUUGCAAUUUUCUGGAGGCUUGCUUCAGGGCUCGGGUAUUUUCUGUAUACAAGGGAGCUAGUUUCUUGUGACAAAUGUUUUUUGUUUUUAGGGGUGCGACUGCAUCUAGGGUAUUACGCAAGGUUAAAUUUAGAUCCUCAGUUAAAUGUAGAUCCUCAGUUAGGUCGUUAACUGAUUUUUGUACUCCGACGUCCUUGAGUAGGUGGAGGGAGUCUGGAAGGGCCUCUAGGAAUCUUUGGGUUGUCAGAGAAUUUAUAGCACGGCUUUUGAUGGUCCUUGGUUGGGGUCUGAGCAGAUUAUUUGUUGCGAUUGCAAACGUAAUAAAAUGGUGGUCCGAUAGUCCAGGGUUAUGAGGAAAAACAUUUAGAUCCACAAUAUUUAUUCCACGGGACAAAACUAGAUCUAGGGUAUGACUGUGGCAAUGAGUAGGUCCGGAGACAUGUUGGACAAAACCCACUGAGUCGAUGAUGGCUCCGAAAGCCUUUUGGAGUGGGUCUGUGGACUUUUCCAUGUGAAUAUUAAAGUCACCAAAAAUUAUAAUUAUAAUAUUAUCAAGGUCCGAUAGGAAUUCAGGGAACUCAGUGAGGAACUGUGUAUACGGCCCAGGAGGCCUGUAAACAGUAGCUAUAAAAAGUGAUUGAAUAGGCUGCAUAGAUUUCAUGACUAGAAGCUCAAAAGUCGAAAACACAGUAUUUUUUGGGGGGGUAAAUUGACAUUUGCUAUCGUAAAUGUUAGCAACACCUCCGCCUUUGUGGGAUGCGCGGGGGAUAUGGUCACUAGUGUAACCAGGAGGAGAGGCCUCAUUUAACACAGUAAAUUCAUCAGGCUUAAGCCAUGUUUCAGUCAGGCCAAUCACAUCAAGAUUAUGAUCAGUGAUUAGUUCAUUGACUAUGACUGCCUUGGAAGUCAGGGAUCUAACAUUAAGUAGCCCUAUUUUGAGAUGUGAGAUAUCACAAUCUCUUUCAAUAAUGACAGGAAUGGAGGAGGUCUUUAUUCCAGUGAGAUUGCUAAGGCAAACACCACCAUGUUUAGUUUUGCUCAACCUUGAUCGAGGCACAGACACAGUCUCAAUGGGGAUAGCUGAGCUGACUACACUGACUGUGCUAGUGGCAGACUCCACUAAGCUGGCAGGCUGGCUAAAAGCCUGCUGCCUGGCCUGCACCCUGUCUCAUUGUGGAGCUAGAGGAGUUAGAGCCCUGUCUAUGUUUGUAGAUAGGAUGAGAGCACCCCUCCAGCUAGGAUGGAGUCCAUCACUCCUCAGCAGGCCAGGCUUGGUCCUCUUUGUGGGUGAGUCCCAGAAAGAGGGCCAAAUAUCUACAAAUUCUAUCUUUUGGGAGGGGCAGAAAACAGCUUUCAACCAGCGAUUGAGUUGUGAGACUGCUGUAGAGCUCAUCACUCGCCCUAACUGGGAGGAGGCCAGAGACAAUUACUUGAUGCCGACACAUCUUUCUAGCUAAUUUACACGCUGAUGCUAUGUUGCUCUUGGUGACCUCUGACUGUUUCAGCCUAACAUCAUUGGUGCCGACGUGGAUAGCAAUAUACAGUGGGGAGAACAAGUAUUUGAUACACUGCCGAUUUUGCAGGUUUUGAUGAGUGGAGAACAGGAGGGCUUCUUAAAGAAAAACUAACAGGUCUGUGAGAGACAGAAUUCUUACUGGUUGGUAGGUGAUCAAAUACUUAUGUCAUGCAAUAAAAUGCAAAUUAAUUACUUAAAAAUCAAACAAUGUGAUUUUCUGGAUUUUUGUUUUAGAUUCCGUCUCUCACAGUUGAAGUGUACCUAUGAUAAAAAUGACAGACCUCUACAUGCUUUGUAAGUAGGAAAACCUGCAAAAUCGGCAGUGUAUCAAAUACUUGUUCUCCCCACUGUACCUAUGCUCUUUACAAUCGCCAGUUUUUGCCUUAGCCAGCACCAUCUUCAGAUUAGCCUUUACGUCGGUAGCCCUGCCCCCUGGUAAUCAGUGUAUGAUCGCUGGAUGAUUAUUUUUAAGUCUAAUAUUGUGGGUAAUGGAGUCGCCAAUGACUAGGGUUUUCAAUUUGUCAGAGCUAAUGGUGGGAGGCUUCGGUGGCUCAGACCCCGUAACAGGUGGAGGAGAGACCUGAGAAGGCUCGGCCUCUGACUCUGACUCGUUGCAUAAUGGGGAGAACAGGUUGAAGGUUUAUGUCGGCUGAAUGAGCGACACCGGUUGAGCAUGCCGACAGCAUUUCUUUCCAGAAGCCUUGAGAAAUUUGUCCAGCGAGGGGAUUUAUACUACUAUCUGUACUUACUGGUGGCACAGAUGCUGUUUUAUCCUUUCCUACACUUACAUUGCCCUUGCCUAACGAUUGCGUCUGAAGCUGUGCUUGCAGCACGACUAUCCUCACCAUAAGGCGAUAGUUCUCCUGUAUAUUAUGAGUACAGCGACUGCAAUUAGAUGGCAUAGUGUUAAUGUUACUACUUAGCUUCGGCUGGUGGAGGUCCUGUAGAACCAUGUCCAGAUAAAGCGUCCGGGGUGAAAAAGUUGAGCGAGUAAAAAAUAUAAAAAAUAACUAAGACGUUGGUAAAAUGUGUUAAAUGAAGAUAGAUUAAACGCUUUAAAAAAAGUAAAAACCAUCAAGUUUAGCAGGUAGCCAAGCACAAACAGUGUAGCACGGAGACAAGUGACACGCUCAAAACGGACUGUUGUUAUUACAGUACUAUUACUGAAUGAACUCUUCAUACUAUUCCAACGACUGUAUUGUCAAUGCUUGCCCCCCCUCCCCCUCCUUCCUCCAGGUCUGUGGGUGACGAUGAAGGCCCUGGUGGGUGACAUCGUCCAGAUCCGUAAGGAGUACCCGCACCUGGUGGACCGCAGCACGGUAGUGGCCCGUAAACUGGGCUUCCCAGAGAUCAUCAUGCCGGGGGACAUCCGGAACGACAUCUACCUGACGCUGUGGACCGGGGACUUUGACAAGUACAACAAGACCAGCCAGAAGAACAUGGAGGUCAUCAUGAUGGUGUGCGACGAGGAGGGCAAGGCCGUGCCGGUGAGUUGGGGAGGGUGUGGGUGUGUCACACCAAUAUAAAAACUCUGUCACACAAACAGAACAUCUCCUCACACUAACAGUAUUACACCCAUGGCCAUCUGGAAGUAGCCAAGCAGGGAUACUGCUUCAGCACUGUAUCAUACUUUGUAUUUCAUAUGUCAUAUACUGUUUAGAGUUGUUUGGUUGGAUGUAUCUAGGCGGAUGGGAAUUAGUUGAAUUGAUUGUCGUCUCUCUCUUUUUGUCAUCUCUCUCUUUCUGUCUGUCCUGUAGAACUCUAUCUGUCUGGGAGCUGGGGAUCGGCCGCUGAACGAAUACAGAUCUGUCAUCUACUACCAGGUCAAACAACCACGAUGGAUGGAGACAUUCAAGGUCAGUGUGGGUGUUUGAUUAUCUAGUUGUUGUAUGCUUGUGCAUGUUGAUCAACUGUUGCCCUCUGUGUGUAAUACUACGAACAGUCUGUUUAAUAUGUGGUGUAAUACUGUAGGGCCCUGGCUUUGUGCAUUCAUAUGACAUAGCAAGAUUUCAUCCUGUAUUUUAAGCCUUAUCCAGAAAUGGGAAUUACACCGAAAAUGAAAGCAAUUGUCUGAUGAUGGUGCUGGACCAUCUGACAUAAAAAGAAAACUGGAAAGUUUGAGGAAAAAGUUUUAAAUAAAGGUUAAAAUCCAGUCAUGUCACAUGAUUGCGCAAAACACAGGGCUCUUACAGAAGAUGUAAUGUUGUCCUCCGUCCUGCAGGUGGCCAUCCCUCUGGAGGAGAUGCAUAGGAGCCACCUGCGCUUCAUGUUCAGACACCGCUCCUCUCAGGAGUGUGAGUACACCCAACUCUGGCCUCCCAUAUCCUCACAUUGCAUUCUUACUUUCUUUACAACUGAGCUGAAUGAACAGGAGUGGUAAAAGCAAUGUGACAGGGAGCAAAGUCAUUGCGUUCAUCUACUAAAUUAAUUAUCUUCGGUCUGUCUCCCCAUCGUCUCUCUUUCUGUAGCUAAGGAUAAGAGUGAGAAGAACUUUUCCAUGGCGUUCGUUCGUCUGAUGAAGCCGGAUGGAACAGUGCUGCAGGAUGGACUUCAUGACCUGGUGGUCUUCAAGGUCAGAACUGAAUCAACUCUGAUUGACAUAACUACAGAACUACUGAAAGAACUCAUAUUCAUAUGGAGAAAUGAACCAGUACAGAUUCACAGUCAAAUAGCCAAAGGAACUGAACUAUUAUAGAUUCACAGCUGAAACUGGAGAACUGAAUCACGUCAGAGUCAUAGCAAAAUCACGAAGGAUACUGAAUUAUUAUAAAUUCACAACUGACUGAAUAGGCUAAACUAAAUCAUUGCAGAUUCACUGCCAAAUGAACUGGAAUUAUUGAUCCCCCACCUCUUUCUCUCUCUCAGGGGGACAGUAAGAGGAUGGAGGAUGUGAACUCAUACCUGUCCCAGCCCUCUACGGUUCAAAAGGGGGGGACACUGAGCCGCAGCAGUGUAGGAGGCCUGUCUGUCAGCUCCAGAGACAGCUUCACCAUCUCAACCCUUGUCUGCUCCACCAAACUCACCCAGAACGGUGUGUGUGUAUGUGGGGGGAGGGGUGGGGUGGGGUCUCAGAACAGACUGAGUAUGUUCUAGAUUAGAAUAAUGUGAGAGGGAUGUCAUAGUUUUGUCCUACACACACACACAUGCACAAACACACACACACACACACACACACACACACACACACACACACACACACACACACACACACACACACACACACACACACACACACACACACACACACACACACACACACACACACACACACACAAACACACACACACACAGUCAGGGUCUUGCAAUACAGGUGCUGUGUAACAGCUGUUGGUGAGGAAGACAGUCCAUCAUUGUAAUGAUAACUGUGCUGCAGUAUUAAUCACCAGUCCAGAUACAACACACACAAGUGCUAAUUAAAAAUGUUAAAACACAAACACACACACACACACACACACACACACAGUCUUGUACAACUAACCUUCUGGGGACACACAAUUCAGUCCCAUUCAAAAUCCUAUUUUCCCUAACCCCUAACCCUAACCCUAAACCUAACCCUAACCCUAACCUUAACCUACUUGGUCUCCACAAGUAUAGUUAAACACGUCCACACACACGUCCACACACACACACACACACACACACACACACACACACACACACACACACACACACACACACACACACACACACACACACACACACACACACACACACACACACACACACACACACACACACACAUACACACACACACAAACACAAACACAAACACAAAUACAAACACACACACACACAACGUCAUGCUGGGGAAAAAUUUUAUGCAUGGAGGCCAUUCAGAUGUUCUCCUAGAAAGCAGUUUGAAUUAAAAACAACACAUUUGAUUAACAAACCAGCUGUAAAAUAUUGUCAAACCAGCAUUUGCCAAGUCUUUGUUUUUGCUAACCAUACCUUAUAAAUGUCACGAAUUGUUACAACUAGCCCAAACUAGCGAAAUCGCUAAUAUCGCUAGCUAGUACAACUUUGGCAGCAAGCUAUAUUAGCAACAUCACAUACUUUAUUUUCUUUGAAAGACACUAGAGAUCUGUAAAUUACUUAGCGAAUGCAAAGUCCCUGAGCCAAGCGGUUGCUUCUGCUGAGUUUGUGGAUAGGACAGACUUAAAGAAUUGGGUGCAUGGUUUGCUCCACCCCACAGGCACUUAGGGGGCUUACUUUUUAUGCCCCAUCAGUGGAGGUUGGCGAGGCAUGGGCUGUGGCCAGUCCUGAACCUAUUGAGGGGGAACCACUCCUUCCUGGGGAGGUUGAAACCAGGAGGCUGUUGUGUGGGGGUAGUGAUGAGGUGCUUAUUUGUCAGGUCCAGUGACUCCCAUUAUUGUGUCCAUUUGUGUUGAAGUCGUCAGUGGGUGGGUCUUUCCAAAUUGGCUUUCUUGAGGGGAGGCGUAUCUUUGGUGGGUUGAGGAGGUCCUCGUGGAGCGGUAGGUAUGUGGCGUUGUAGACUUUUUCAAUCAUUUUGUGGGUAGUUUCGAGUCUCCGGAUAUGUGGAAGGGGGAUGUUUGCCAGGACAGGGAGCCAGGGAAGCAGGGUGGAUCGUAGUGUGCCAGUGAUGAUGCGCAUGGUGGCGUUAAGCUGUGUGUCGACUCUGUUUGUGUGUGACGACCUUGACCAAACAGAUGCACAGUACUCUGCUGCAGAGAAUGAGAUUGCUAGGGCUGAGGUACGAAGGGUUGUGGUUGCGGCGCCCCAUGUUCAGCCAGCUAGUUUGGAGAUCAAAUACAAUUUUAUUUGUCACAUGAAUCAUAAAAAACAGGUGUAGACUAACAGUGAAAUGUUUACUUACCAACAAUGCAGAGAGAAAAAUAUAAAUAUUCUAGAAAAAAUUAUAACUCAAGGAAUAAAUACACAAUGAGCAACAAUAACAUGGGGUACCAGUACCGAGUCGAUGUGCAGGGGUACGAGGUAAUUAAGGUAGAUAUGUAUAUAUACUGUAGGUAGGGGUAAAGUGACUAGGCAACAGGAUAGAUAAUAAACAGUAGCAGCAUCGUAUGUAUAUGAUUAGUCAAAAGAGUUUGUGCAAAAAUGGUCAAUGCAAUGUCUAACAGCUAUUUGGUGAAUCAAUGUCUCGCCAGAUCACAUCAUUUAUAAUGAUUAUUCUACAUAACAUAACCGAAUAUAACAGCAUAUUAUAAAGUUACUGUUAGACCAAAAACACCACCUAAUUUCAUAUGAGAUUUUAGGAUGAUCAGCUAAAUGGCCCCCAAAAAAUCUAAAGCGGCAAGAAGUCAAUAGCGUGGUGCCACUAGGCAAAAUAUGUGGUUUGAUUGAAACAAAAUACAGGUAUGGCUACCCCAUAGUUGGUUCAAAUUAUCUGCUCGAAUUCGCUCACGAAACCAUAGAUAGGCCAACACUGUAGGCCAGGGAUCAUCAACUAGAUUCUGCCGCUGGGCGAAUUCUUUGUGAGCGGAUGGUCGGGGGGCUGGAACAUAAUUACAAAUAAUUUGUAGACUGCAAAUUGACCGCAAGAAGCCCAAACAUAUAUAAUAUUUGACUAAAACAUUAUAAUUUCAAACCUUGCUUACAUUUGUAUAUUAUCAUGUGUUUUUUUAUAAAAAAUAAAAAAUAAAUUGAAAACUUGUGGAGCGAAAUUAAACCAAAAUCAUCCCGCGGGCCGCCAGUUGGGGAACCCUGCUGUAGGCCUACAUAAUUCAGGAAGAUCUAAAUGCAUAUUCCCAUGAAACUGAGAUCAAAUUAUUGGCAUGCAGUUUGGACAUUUCAGCUCUAAAACGAAAAGUAGGCUAUUAUUAUUCACGAUUGACAGAUAGCGUAUUUUGAAAUUAGGUAUGCCCAAUUUAGUGUUUGAGGGUUUUAAAAAUCGAAACAUUAAUUGAGACAAUAUGUGUGGGCGUAGGCAGACAUUGCAUUUGAAGGAUGCAUUUUAUGCAUAUUCUAAAAUGACAAUAGGCUACAUCUGUCAGUACAAACUUUGAUUGAGAAAUUAUGACAUCAUUGAAAUUUUUUGGCAGCUCUGAAAAACAGCACUACACCACUGCAGCUAACUGAAGUUUCUGUGCUUAGGUUCUUGGGCUUCAAGCCCCCAGAACAAUGAAUGAUUGAUUAAAUGAUUGUUGCGGGUGUGCUGGCUGGGUUAUGGAGAAUCAAUGACAGGUAGGCGGAUUGAUUGAUGGAUGGAUAGAUGGAUAGAUGGAUGGAUGGAUGGAUGGAUGGAUGGAUUGAUGGAUGGUUUUCUUUCUUUCUCCUGCUCAGUGGGUUUGCUGGGUCUAAUGAAAUGGAGGACUCGUCCUGAGCUCCUCAAAGAAAACCUGGAGAAACUCAAGAUCAUCGACGGAGAGGAGGUUGUCAAGGUGUGUAAAAUUUGUGUGUGUUAUUUGUGUUUGUGUGUGUGUAUGAUCUCAUGGCCUCUCCUCCCCUCCCUGUGUAGUUUCUCCAGGACACUCUGGAUGCUCUGUUCACCAUCAUGAUGGAACACUCCCAGACUGACGACUACGACAUCCUAGUGUUCGACGCCCUGGUGAGUGUGUGGUGUGUGUGUGUGUGUUCUUGUCUCUGUCUGGUAUUCUCUGUCACUCUUGUACCUUUUCUUUUCUCUGUCUGUCAGUCUGUCGCUGCAUGUAGCUGUCUGUCUGUCGAUCUCUGUCCAUAUGGCUCUGUCAUUCUUCUUCUUAAUAAACAUGUCUUCCUGCUUGUUGCUUGUUCGUUUGUCUUUUUGCCAGUGAGGCACAUCUCUCUCACCAUAUCAAUCACAAUGUGUAUCCCUUCUUCUCUCUCCCGCUCUCUUUCUCUCUCUCUUGCUCUCUCUCUCUCUCUCUCUCUCUCUCUCUCUCUCUCUCUCUCUCUCUCUCUCUCCCUUUCUCUCUCUCUUGCUCUCUCUCUUUCUCUCUCUCUCUCUUUCUCUCUCUCUCUUGCUCUCUCACACACUCUCUCUCUUCUCCAUCUCUCUCUCUCUCUCUCAUCUCUCUCUCUCUCCGUCUCUCUCAUCUCUCUCUCUGCUCUCCUCUCUCUUCUCCUCUCUCUCUCUCUCCUCUCUCUCUCUCUCUCUCUCUCUCUCUCUCUCAGAUCUACAUCAUUGGUCUGAUAGCAGACAGGAAGUUCCAGCAUUUUAACACAGUGUUGGAGGCCUAUAUUAAACAGCACUUCAGCGCCACGCUGGCCUACAAGUCAGUACUACUUCCUGUGUCUAACCCCUCCUCUUCCUGUCCGCCUGUCUGCCAGUCUCACUGUCUCUCAGAAGCAGCCUCAGGAGUGGCUGAACUCCUCUUUCACAUUCAUAGUCAGAUUGUGGAGGUAAAGCAGCAAGCUCUAUCGAUAAUGACUCAUCAUGCCAAACUCAUAAUGACAUUUCCACAGGAGAUGAUGUACACAUUGUUUUUCCACUGUUGAGUGACAGUACAUAUAAAGUAUGUCCUCAUUAUUAUUCUGAUUACAGAUGAUGGUAGGCCUCAUGAUGGUGCUGGGUUCAGGUAAACUGUCACUGUUGAAGUAGCUGUGCUGAUGCUGGGUGUAGUGCAUCAAUCAGCGACAAAGGUGUCAGUGUGUUAUUGUGAAUGCUGUGUGCCUGUAGGUCAUUAAAUAAGUAGCCGGUUGCAGUAGAAGUUAAUGGAUGGAUAAGCCAGGGUAAGGUGGAUGACUAGACCAUGGUAUUUUACUCAAGGCUGGCCAGAAUACUUAUACUGGGCUCAUUGAGUCUUAACUUCAAAACCCACUGGUUUACCCUCGCCUCUGCUACUCAGUUCAAUUUCCAUUGCUUUACAAUGUACAAUGUACAUAUUGCCUAAGCAGUAUGUACUCUCUCUCGCUCAUUCUCACUUUAUCCCUCUCUCGUUCUCUCUUGACAUUGCUCCCUGUUGCUCUCAAAAUCACACACACUCCACCUCUCCCUCUCCUCUCUCUUUCUCUCCCUGCUCUCUCUCUCUCGCUCUCCCCGCCCUCGUCCCUCGUCCCCCCAUCUCUCUCUCCAAUCUGUGUUAAAACAGAGGAUUCUCUCUCCUUUUUCUCAUUGAGAUAAAAUCUAUGUUUCAAGAGACCUGGUCCAACCACGACAGCAGCAGGGGGGAACAAUGUUUCAGACAAAUAUUAGACACACUGUAACGACUUAUAGACAUAGACACACCAUAACAAAUUAAAAUAAACAUGUUUUGACGUAGACACAGAUACAAUUCAAUUACAGAAACAUACAAGCGUCAUAGAUUUUAAAAACCUAGCAUAUAUACCACCCCAUCAAGUCCUAAUGACAAUCACAUUGUCACGAUCGUUUACGGAUGAGACGGACCAAGGCGCAGCGUGAUAAGCGUACAUAUUUAUUUAGUACUGAACACACAACAAAAACAACAAACAAACGAUACGUGAAGUCCAAGGUAGACUACUAACAUACCUAUAUGGAACAAGAUCCCACACAGACUGGUGCCAAACGGCUGCCUAAGUAUGGUCCCCAAUCAGAGACAACAAACUACAGCUGCCUCUGAUUGGGAACCACCCUGGCCAACAUAGAUCUACACGAUCUAGAAACUCAAACAUAGAAAACUAAACAUAGAAACUACACACCCUGGCUCAACAUUUAAGAGUCCCCAGAGCCAGGGCGUGACACACAUUCCUCAGUAACAUGUGAGUCAACCAAACUUUUAAACUCCUCCAAGGAAACAAGAUCCUGGAGUUUCAAGCUGGUCUGGAGAGAAUUUCAAGUCCACAGAGCUGAGUAGCUAAAACACCUUUUGCCAUGAUCCGUUCUGAUUUUAGGAACCGUUAAAAGUAAGUAAGAGUGAGAUCGCAACUGGUAUUUAUUUUCAGACCUUAUCCAAGAAGAACAGAGAUAAAGCUGCAGUUUUCCCAAAAUGGCCUAAUAGAUCAUAGUAUACCAAUGUUUAAGCCUACGUAAAGUCAACGAAGACCAGCCAACAGUACUAUAGAGAUCACAGUGGUGUGAAGUCCAGCCAACAGCACUAUAGAGAUCACAGUUGUGUGAAGACCAACCAACAGCACUAUAGAGAUCACAGUUGUGUGAAGUCCAGCCAACAGUACUAUAGAGAUCACAGUGGUGUGAAGUCCAGCCAACAGUACUAUAGAGAUCACAGUGGUGUGAAGUCCAGCCAACAGCACUAUAGAGAUCACAGUGGUGUGAAGUCCAGCCAACAGCACUAUAGAUAUCACAGUGGUGUGAAGUCCAGCCAACAGUACUAUAGAGAUCACAGUGGUGUGAAGUCCAGCCAACAGUACUAUAGAGAUCACAGUGGUGUGAAGUCCAGCCAACAGUACUAUAGAGAUCACAGUGGUGUGAAGUCCAGCCAACAGUACUAUAGAGAUCACAGUGGGGUGAAGUCCAGCCAACAGCACUAUAGAGAUCACAGUGGUGGUAGUGCUUGAGGUCUGCAUAUAAAUUACAUCACUGUAGUCCAAGACAGACAGGAAUGUACACCAUACCAGCUCUAUUCUGGCCACAGAAGAAAAACAAGCCUUAUGCCGGUAAUAAAAACCUAUUCUUAACUUGAUCUUCUUUACUUGGUUCUCAACAUGGUUAGUGAAGGUCAGCUUCUCAUCCACCCAAACUCCCAGAUAUUUGUACGUCUUGACUUGCUCUAUGGAAUUUCCUUCCAAGGUAGAAAUGACAUGGUUUACCAACAAGCUCUCACAGUCUCACGUCAGAAUUAGACAUUCAUUCAUGUUUCUCAAUCGUCAAAUUUUGAAGUGGUUCCAAACGGCAAAUUUCAAUGUGUUUAAGGUUAGGCAUUAACUCCGAAUUUUUAAGGGUUAAGGUUUGGGAUAGGCUUAAAACAAAAAUCUCAAAAACAACUUUCUAUCGUUGGAUUCAAACAUGCAACCUUUGGCACCAGAGGCAGACAUGAGACUGUGAGAGUUAGUUGGAAAACCAUGUCAAUACUACCUACUUGAAGGUAACACCGCUCACUGUUGUCCCUACUGGUCGGUUUCCACGUCAUCUUCCGACAUCCUCAGACAUGGAUGGACGUCGAAUACUGACUUGUAUCACGGGUGACCUGGCUGGGUUUUCAGAGUGUUUAGCGUUGGAAUAUACCAUUUAUUUUGUUUUAGAGGAAUUCAGAACAAGCUUAAAACCAUACAGAUUCUGUUGAAUGAUGUUAAAAACUGUUUGAGCUUCAAAAGCCAACUGCUGCCACUUGAGUAGAGAACAGUGUCAUCCGCAUAAAAAUGUACAUCAGCUGUCUCAAUAUAUCUCUCUAAGGGGUCAAACAGAAGCUUAACCGGUGCUAGCCAUGCCGUUAUAUAAAACUCUGUUGUCUAAAUACGAGGCCACCCAAUGUCAUCCUCAGAUUAUUUUACACUUAUGGACUUUUUUAGUCUUUAUCCUUCUGAAGAAAUCCAGACCGUUAUAAAAGGACUGUUAUUGUUUAAGAGGCUUUGAUUGUUUUAAUCCAGUUAGCCAACAAGACCAUGCCCAAUUUUGGGAACAGUAUGGGACAUAAUCCUAGUCCUCUGGGCCCAGUGUGCUGUGGUGUGUGUGUGUUAUGAAAAAUGUAAUUAACACUUUUAAAUGAAGGUUUGCCUACUCUCUUUCUCUCCCUCUCCCCUUCUCCCCCUCCCCCCUCUCAGGAAGUUGAUGUCGGUGUUGAAGAGGUAUCUGGAUGUGUCCAGUCGAGGGGAGCAGUGUGAAAACUACCUCCGCACCCUCAAAGCCCUGGAGUACAUCUUCAAGUUCAUCGUCCGCUCACGCAUGCUCUACUCCCAGUGAGUCUGUGUGUAUGUGCGCAUGUGUGUGUGAGUGAGUGUAAUCUAACUCUUAAAAGCAUGCACACAGUCCACACACACACACACACACACACACACACACACACACACACACACACACACACAGACAGACAGACAGACACAUACACACACGGUCACACACUCUUCUUUACGCUCUUGUACAUUACCUAGCUAAUUCCCAAAGACAGCUUGCUCUGAAAGACGCUGAUUGCAGCGCUACUGUUGCUCACAAGCAUUGAUGAUGAAGUGCCGUUUUCAAUGAACACUAAUGACAAAGUAGACCCAGUGCUGAAUGAGCAGCUGCGAUAGAGGAGGGACGCUGCUAUUCAGAGACUUAUGAUGCGUCAACUCUUCUGAAGGCUGCUCCAUAUGAUAAUCAUAAACAACAUUAAUAAUAACAUCACAUAAUUUGAUCCUGACAGAUUAGUAGCAGAACACAAGCAAAUCUCUAAGUGCUUUGUCUGUGUUGCUUGUUUCGGGAAGUGUGUGCUGUGUGAUUAUCUAGUGGCCUGUCAAUUUGUUUUAGAAACCAUAUGCAGUGCAUGUGUACUGAUCACUGUUCUCCCUGGAGGGAUGCUAGAACAAUUGAUUGCUCCAGCCCUCCUCUCAGGUCUGCCAAACUACUUAAAAGAAAGUUGAAACUUUCUGAAUUUCAAGUCUACAUCACUCUUCCCAUAUAGGUAGCCUAGUCAGAUACUCAGUAUUCAAGAGCAGAGCAUGCAGUACUGUGCUGUAGACUCAUCUGUAGUACCAUUAAUGUCCUACACUCAUCAAUGACUUAUCAGUUUGAAUCUGAAGUUUCUCAAGUCCUAUAAGAUAACUCUGAUUUCUAUGAGUAGAGAAUGUAUUAGAUGUUCUCUCUCUCUCGGCCCUAUCCCUUCUUUCUUUAACCUUGCUUUUACCUUUCUUUCCCUUCUAUAACUUUCAUCCGGCCUCAGUAACGCCUCUUUAUUUAUCCAUCUUUGUUUUUCUCACCCGCCUGUUUUUUGCUAUCCAUCUAGCCUCUGCUCCCUCCCUCCUCCCAUCCAUCUGGUGUGAGUAGAGCAUUAGUGUUGUUGUCCCAUGGGUGGUGAAUGGAGCAUGGUUAGCGGUAGAGUUACAGUAGCAAUCAGGGUGAGCAGGGUUAGGGUCAGCUUCUGGUCCCAGGCUGUUCUCUGAUAGGGCUCAUAGGGCUUUAGGCCCAGGAUUAUGAGGCCUACUCUACUGUACAGUCCACUCUACCACUUAUCUACAGGAGCCUGCAGGGAUAAAAGGGUGCAGAGGUCCAGACAGGAACAGGGCAACUGGGGUCAGAAAUAUCUGCUAUUUAUCAGUAUGUGUUCUGUUGCGUAUAUGUACGUUGUGUCGUUGGGAUAGGGUUAGCAUAGGAUUGCAGUGUGUGUACCCUGUAUGUGUCUGUCAUGAUUUUCUGUGGUGGAGUCUCAAAUAUAUACUGUAUAUAGUGUGUGUGUACGUGCAUGUGUGCAUCAUAGCUAUGUCCAUUGUUUGUGCAUGUGCGUGUGAGUGUCUGUGUGUCUGUGUGUCUGUGUGUGUGUGCACUCAGCCACACAGGGGGAUUAUGGAGGAAAAUGCUUUAGUAAUCACAAUGCCACCCGGAGCUCUAAGAGUCAUGUGGUAAUACCCCUGCAAAUUGGCUCCAAGUGAUUUUCUAUUUUGGAAAUCUGUUCUAAAGUAUUCCCACGCAUAAUAGAGAGAUACAGUGCCUUCAGAAAGUAUUCAUACCCCUUGAUUUAUUCCCCCAAAAAUGUGUGUUAGAGCCUGAAUUCAAAAAGGAUUAAAUAUAUUUUUUCUAAACACAAUACCCCAUAUUGACAAAGUGAAAACAUGUCUUUAUACAUUUUUGCUAAUAAAAAUGAUAAUAAUAACAUAAAUAAUUAUUUACAUAAGUAUUCAGACCUUUUGCUAUGAGACUCGAACUUGAGCUCAGGUGCAUCCUGUUUCCAUUGAUCAUCCUUGAGAUGUUUCUACAAAUUGAGUCCACCUGUGGUCAAUUCAAUUGAUUGUACAUGAUUUGGAAAGGCACACACAGUGCAUGUCAGAGCAAAAACCAAACCAUGAGGUCAAAGGAAUUGUCCAUAGAGCUCCGAGACAGAACUGCGUCGAGGCACAGAUCUGGGGAAGGGUACCAAAACAUUUCUGCAGCAUUGAAGGUCCCCAAGAACACAGUGGCCUCCAUCAUUCUUAAAUGGAAGAAGUUUGGAACCACCUCUUCCUAGAGCUGGCCGCCCGGCCAAACUGAGCAAUCGGGGGAGAAGGUCCUGACCAAGAAGCGGAUUGUCACUCUGACAGAGCUCCAGAGUUCCUCUGGGGAGAUGGGAGAACCUUCUAGAAGGACAACCAUCUCUGCAGCAUUCCACCAAUCAGGCCUUUAUGGUAGUGGCCAGACGGAAGCCACUCCUCAGUAAAAGGCACAUGACAGCCAACUUGGAGUUUGCCAAAAGGCACCUAAAGGACUCUCAGACCAUGAGAAACAAGAUUCUCUUGUCUGAUGAAACCAAGAUUGAACUCUUUGGCCUGAAUGCCAAGCAUCAAGUCUGGAGGAAACCUGGCACCAUCCCUAUGGUGAAGCAUGGUGGUGGCAGCAUCAUGCUGUUGGUUUGUAUUUCAGGGACUGGGAGACUAGUCAGGAUCGAGGGAAAGAUGAACGGAGCAAAGUACACAGAGAUCCUUGAUGAAAACAUGCUCCAGAGCACUCAGGACCUCAGACUGGGGCGAAGGUUCACCUUCCAACAGGACAACGACCCUAAGCACACAGCCAAGACAACGCAGGAGUGGCUUCGGGACAAGUCUCUGAAUGUCCUUGAGUGGCCCAGCCAGAGCCCGGACUUGAACCCGAUCGAACAUGUCUGGAGAGAUCUGAAAAUAGCUGUGCAGCGACGCUCCCCAUCCAACCUGACAGAGCUUGAGAGAAUCUGCAGAGAAGAAUGGGAGAAACUCCCCAAAUACAGGUGUGCCAAGCUUGUAGUGUCAUACCCAAGAAGACUUAAGGCUGUAAUCACUGCCAAAGGUGCUUCAACAAAGUACUGAGUAAAGGGUCUGAAUAUUUAUGUAAAUGUGAUCUUUCAGUUUUUUAUUUUAAUACAUUUGCUCAAAUUAAAAACAAAACCUGUUUUUGCUUUGUUAUUAUGGGGUAUUGUGUGUAGAUUGAUGAGGAUUUUAUUUUUUAAAGUCCAUUUUAGAAUAAGGCUGUAACUUAACAAUAUGUGGAAAAAGUCAAGGGUUCUGAAUACUUUCCGAAUGCACUGUAUAAGGAAAUCAUAGUUGAAAUAAUUUCAUUAUGCCCUAAUCUAUGGAAUACAGAUAUGCAUUUGUUGGUCACAGGUAUCUUUAAAAAAAAGGUAGGGGCGUGGAUCUGAAAACCAGUCAGUAUCUGGUGAGAACACCAGUUCACUCCUUCGCAUAGAAUUAAUCAGGAUGUUGAUUGUGGCCUGUGUAAUGUUGUCCCACUCUUCAAUGGCUGUACGAAGUUACUGGAUAUUGGCAGGAACUGGAACAUGCUGUCGUACACGUCAAUCCAGAGUAUACCAAACAUGCUCAAUGGGUAACAUGUCUGUUGAGUAUGCAGGCCAUGGAAGAACUGGGACCUUUUCAGCUUCCAGGAAUUGUGUACAGAUCCUUAUGACAUGGGGCCGUGCAUUAACAUGAUGAAACAUGAGGUGAUGGAGGCUGAUGAAUGGCACGUCAAUGGGCCUCAGGAUCUUGUCACGGUAUCUCUGUGCAUUCAAAUAGCCAUCGAUAAAAUGCAAUUGUGUUCGUUGUCCGUAGCUUAUGCCUGCCCAUACCAUAACCCAACCGCUAUCAUGGGGCACUCUGUUCACAACAUUGACAUCAGCAAACUGCUCGCCCACAAUAAUAAUAAUAUGCCAUUUAGCAGACGCUUUUAUCCAAAGCGACUUACAGUUAUGCGUGCAUACAUUUUUUUUGUGUAUGGGUGGUCCCGGGGAUUGAACCCACUACCUUGGCGUUACAAGCGCCGUGCUCUACCAGUUGAGCUACAGAGGACCACAACCGCCAUACACGCUGUCUGCCAUCUGCCCGGUACAUUUGAAACUGGGAUUCAUCCGUGAAGAGCACACUUCUCCAGCGUGCCAGUCGGUUAUGGAGCCGAACUCCAGUCAGGUUAAGACCCUGAUUAUGACGACAAGCCAGCAGAUGAGCUUCCCUGAGACGGUUUCUGACAGUUUGUGCAGAAAUUCUUUGGUUGUGCAAACCCACACUUUCAUCAGCUGUCCGGGUGGAUGUGGAGGUCCUGGGCUUGCAUGGUUACACGUGGUCUGCGGUUGUGAGGCCGGUUGGACGCACUGCCAAAUUGUCUAAAGCGACGUUGACGGCGGCUUAUGGUAGAGAAAUUAACAUUCAAUUCCCUGGCAACAACUCUGGUGGACAUUCCUGCAAUCAGCAUGCCAAUUGCACGCUCCCUCAAAACAUGAAACAUCUGUGUCGUUGUGUGACAAAACUGCCAUUUUAGAGUGGCCUUUUACUGUCCUCAGCACAAGGUGCACCUGUGUAAUGAGCAUGCUGUUUAAUCAGCUUCUUAAUAUGCCACACCUGUCAGGUGGAUGGAUUGUCAAAUUUGUGCACAACAUUUGAGAGAACAAGCUUUUUGUGCAUAUGGAACAUUACUGGGAUCUUUUACUUCAGCUAUUGAAACAUGGGACCAACACUUUACAUGUUGCUUUUAUAUUUUUGUUUAGUAUACCUCCAUAUACACUGUGUACAAAACAUUAUGAACACCUGCUCUUUCCGUGACAUAGACUGACCAGGUGAAUCCAGGUGAAAGCUAUGGUCCCUUAUUGAUGUCACCUGUUAAAUUCACUUCAAUCAGUGUAAAUGAAGGGAUGGAGACAGGUUAAAGAAGUAGUUUUAAGCCUUGAGACAUGGAUUGUGAUCCCAGUAAGUAAUAGAUUUGUGCCAGUACAGAGGGAUAAGGUAACGAGUUAUGCUUCAGUAAGGUUGUCUUCUUAGCAAUGUUUAUCAACUGCACUGCAGAAAUGGAAAGUAAAUAACAGAAAAUAGAUGCUGUGGUGGCAGCUGCAGAGAGGUAUUUGGGUAUACGAGAUUUGACUUCAGAAGAGUUACAGGGUGUGUUGAGGGGUGGUGUCCUGUCCUCCCAGGCUGUUGGCAUGGGAAGGAGCAGAUAGGGUCAAAGUAGUGGAAUGGGGUAGUGGGUUUAGGUGGCAACUGCAGAGAAGUACCUGGGUGUAUGGGAUUUUACUGCAGAAGAGUUAAUGGGAUGGUGACUUAUAUUUUUUAUGAAAUAGUGGUAUAUACAGUUGAAGUCGGAAGUUUACAUGCACUUAGGUUGGAGUCAUUAAAACUUGUUUUUGAACCACUCCACACAUUUCUUGUUAACAAACUAUAGUUUUGGCAAGUCGCAUGCCACAAGUAAUUUUUCCAACAAUUGUUUACAGACAGAUUAUUUCACUUAUAAUUCACUGUAUCACAAUUCUAGUGGGUCAUAAGUUUACAUACACUAAGUUGACUGUGCCUUUAAACAGCAUGGAAAAUUCCAGAAAAUGAUGUCAUGGCGUUAGAAGCUUCUGAUAGGCUAAUUGAACGUCAUUUGAGUCAAUUGGAGGUGUACCUGUGGAUGUAUUUCAAGGCCUACCUUCAAACUCAGUGCCUCUUUGCUUGACAUCAUGGGAAAAUCAAAAGAAAUCAGCCAAGACCUCAGAAAAAAAAUUGUAGACCUCCACAAGUCUGGCUCAUCCUUGGGAGCAAUUUCCAAACGGCUGAAGGUACCACAUUCAUCUGUACAAACAAUAGUACGCAAGUAUAAACACCAUGGGACCACACAGCCGUCAUACCGCUCAAGAAGGAGACGCGUUCUGUCUCCUAGAGAUGAACGUACUUUGGUGCGAAAAGUGCAAAUCAAUCCCAGAACAACAGCAAAGGACCCUGUGAAGAUGCUGGAGGAAACAGGUACAAAAGUGUCUAUAUCACAGUAAAACGAGUCCUAUGUCGACAUAACCUGAAAGGCCGCUCAGCAAGGAAGAAGCCACUGCUCCAAAACCGCCAUAAAAAAGCCACUACGGUUUGCAACUGCACAUGGGGACAAAGAUCGUACUUUUUGGAGAAAUGUCCUCUGGUCUGAUGAAACAAAAAUAGAACUGUUUGGCCAUAAUGACCAUUGUUAUUUUUGGAGGAAAAAGGGGAAGGCUUUGCUUGGUCGCAAAUGGGUCUUCCAAAUGGACAAUGACCCCAAGGAUACUUCCAAAGUUGUGGCAAAAUGGCUUAAGGACAACAAAGUCAAGGUAUUGGAGUGGCCAUCACAAAGCCCUGACCUCAAUCCUAUAGAACAUUUGUGGGCAGAACUGAAAAAGCGUGUGCGAGCAAGGAUGCCUACAAUCCUGACUCAGUUACACCAGCUCUGUCAGGAGGAAUGGGCCAAAAUUCACCCAACUUAUUGUAGAAGGCUACCCGAAACGUUUGACCCAAGUUAAACAAUUUAAAGGCAAUUCUACCAAAUACUAAUUGAGUGUAUGUAAACUUCUGACCCACUGGGAAUGUGAUGAAAGAAAUAAAAGCUGAAAUAAAUCAUUCUCUCUACUAUUAUGCUGACAUUUCACAAUCUUAAAAUAAAUUGGUGAUCCUAACUGACCUAAAACAGGGAAUUUUUACUAGGAUUAAAUGUCAGGAAUUGUGAAAAACUGAGUUUAAAUGUAUUUGGUUAAGGUGUAUGUAAACUUCCGACUUCAACUGUAGUUGUAGGGUUAGUUGGUGGUGCAUUUUUUUUUCUGUAAGGAACAGGAAUAAUGAAGAGAACUUAAUGUAGGUAGGUCGUGACUGGCCUCACACUUUAGUACAAUAGGUGGCGGUGUAUGCACCUUUAAGUUGGAUGCGAUCUGCCAACCCAAUCACGAAGAAGAAGUCAUGGAUUGUGUAUGUGUGCCAUUCAGAGGGUGAAUGGGCAAGACAAAACAUUUCAGUGGUUUUUCACGCUCAACAGUUUCCCGUGUGUAUCAAGAAUGCUCCACCACCCAAAGGACAUCCAGCCAACUUGACAGAACUGUGGGAAGCAUUGUAGUCAACAUGGGCCAGCAUCCCUGUGGAACGCUUUCGACACCUUGUAGAGUCCAGGCCCCGAUGAAUUGAGGCUGUUCUGAGGGCAAAAGGGGGUGCAACUCAAUGUUAGGAAGGUGUUCGUAAUGUUUUGUAUACUCCGUGUAUACUUCCAUUAAUUUUUUUAACUGGUACUGGGCUACCUUCAGACAAAUCUUUUGAGGCUUGUGGGCAUCCUAGAGCAAAACAACCGACAUGUUCGUGAGAGUCUCACAAUUCCAUAUUGGUGUGUAGCCCAAACUGUUUGGACACUACACACAUUUUCGUGAGAAGACCGAUUGUCUCCGGGUCUGGCAAACACCACUGUAGCUUGACCACCUUCCACCGCAGAUGCAGAAGGCCGCCAUUGGCAGAUGCGGUGGAUUGAGACGCAGCCCAUGCAAAACAGAUUGUUCUAGUUUAAACAGAUGGAUUUUAAUUGGGAUUUUUCUAAUAUGCUAAUUAGAUUUCCGCAGGGGACAUCGACUCUAUUAUUGCCCACAGUCCAUGCAACUUAUUAUGUGACUUGACAAGCAAAUGUUUUCUCCUGAACUUAUUUAGGCUUGUAAUAACAAAGGGGUUGAAUACUUAUUGACUCAAGACAUUUCAGCUUUUCAUUUGUAAUUAAUUUCUAAAAAUCCCUAUUUAAUUUUAAAUUCAGGCUGUAACACAACAAAAUGUCAAGGGGUGUGAAUACUUUCUGAAGGUGCUGUAUAUCAUAUAGAAAUGUAAGCAAUGUUUGAAAUGAUUAUGUUUUAAUCAAAUAUUAUAUAUGUUCGGGCUUCUUGUGGUCAAUUUGCAGUCUACAAAUUAUUUGUAAUUAUGUUCCGGCCCCCUGACCAGCCGCUCAAGAAAAAGUCGUCCCGCAGCUGAAUCUAGUUGAUGAUCGCUGCUGUAAUCCUCCCCCACCCCAACACCCACAACCCGUACUGUAAUUAAAAUCUACCACAGAAUUACAGUGAAACAGGAGGAGACGGAAGAGGAAUGGAGAACAGGGGAGGAAGAGCGAGACGAAAGGAGAGUAAUGAGAAGACAUUAGUUACAAGGGUAGAGAUAGAUAGAGUAGUUUAACAAAGAAUAGAAAGGGAGGAGUAGACAACUAUAGGGAUUGUGAUGUGUUGUUGGGGAUACAGGAUGAAAGAAGAUACCAAAUGAAACACUUGGCCUAGCUUUGUAUUCAGAGACAGUAUGCAGCAGUAACUGGUAGAGCUUAUGUACUGUAAAGUCUCUGUCUAGUUUGACAUAGCCUCCAUGUGACCUAGCCUCCUGACUCCCGCCAUUUCUCCCAACAACAACCAACUAGAACUACUUAAGUCCUUAAAAGUAUUAGUUACCCCAGAAAAGAAAGAAAAAGGAGCACUUGUGUCUGUAUCUGAUCUGAGUACAUUUUAGGGACAAACAAACAGGCUUAUAUAAUAAGGCUGAAGCGUGUUUGGGUACACCUUCACUUUUUAAAUCCUGCUUGAGACAUUAACCGUGCCCCCUCUCUUCCUCUUUCUUCCUGUUUUCCUCUCUUCUCUCCAGGCUGUAUGAAGGGAAGGAGCAGAAAGAGUUUGAGGAGUCUCUUCGGAGACUCUUUGAGUCCAUCAACAAACUGAUGACGAGUGACUUCAACACAACAGUCUUACUGCAGGUAAACAAUCUCACUUCACUACAUCUCUCCUCCUCUACUCUCCUAACUCUCUACAGUAAAUCUCACUGUCUCACCAUCUUUUUUUCUCUUGCUCAUUUAUUGAUAUGACCUCAUUGUCCUAAUUUCAGGUUUUAUUAUUCUUUCCCAUCCAUAUGCAUGUCUCUCUCUCUCCCUCUCCCUCUCUUUGCCUCUGUCUCUUGUCUCUCUCUCCAGGUAGCUGCUCUGAAGUACCUACCCGCAGUCUUGCAGGAUGUGGAGACAGUGUUUGACGCCAAACUCCUGAGGUUAGUGCUAUCCUCCACCCCCUUCCACAGGAAGAGAAAAUAGAACCGCUGUCAACAUCGCUCAGGCCCUUCCCAGGAUGCAAUGUGAAGUGAAGUGUCUCUCACCUCAGUCACCUGUUCUUAACGUCCCCCAACAUCCCCUCUGACCCCCUGUCCCUCUGGCUGAUAACUGUCUCAUAACGUUGUCUCCACAAAAACACAACAAAACAACCCAGUCUAAAACACUGUCUCUGUCUCCCAGCCCUCUAUCAAGGUCACAACCUUAUUUCCCAGAUCUCUUUAACUCACAGUGACUCGUCAUAUCUUCCAUUAACCUUUCAUUAACCCCUCAAAGACAGACAGCCUUGCCUUUACAGUACCCAUAAUGAACAGAGAUAUGACUCUUUACCACAUCCCCAGACCUUUUAGCUUUAUAAUCGAAUGGGUCUAGAGUCUCUUUAUGGCAGACAGACAGUUGGUUCCAGCAAACCACAACGUCUUUAUUUCUGGCCUGACCUUCCUGUGACCUGUGUCUGAGACUAGUCUCUCUGAGGUGAGUGUGUGUGGGUGGGUAUUUUUGUGGGUGUGUGGAACUCUGUUCAGACAGUCCAAACCUGUCUGGUCUGUUGAAUCUCUGGAGUGGUUGAGUGUCAACACGAUGUCAUUGAGGUGUUACCUAAAACACCUGGCCACCUGCACCAGAAUGAUAGUGGCAAGAGCAGACCAAACACAUACGCACACACAAUCAAGGUGAUGUACUGUAGACACAACAAACCACAAACAAUAACAUAAUCUAAACAUCUAAACAGUGACUCUAGGAAGAGAUGCCCUAAAGAUAUUAAUGGUAAUAUUUUCAACUGUUAUGAGGUUGCCCAUGUUGAUAUUUCAACGCUUUAUUGCAGUGCCCUGGGUCAUUAUGGGAGAGCCAUAUCUUUGGUUUAAUAAAUUAACACAAACAACCAGCAGUUCCGCACCCAGGAGGGUUUGGACGUGGGACUCUGUAGGACAGACAGCCUUAUAUAAUACAAUAACAUGAUAUUUCAAUUUGUAAUUAGAUUGAAAUUAGAGAGCCUGGUUAGCAUGCAAUGCACCACGGAAAAGCUCCCUCUACUGUCUAAAAAAAGAAAAGUGGUUGGCAUUAUCAUUUAAUUUGUUGUUCAUCUAGCUAAUGAAAGUACUGUAUCAACCACAUUAAUAAAUCCAUCUAAGGAGGAAAUACGGAAUGUAUGGCCCCAUGCUCAAUCUCCCUAAGAAGCUGCCGAGGCUUUGUAACUGGCUCAUUUAAUUCUUAUUUGAUUGGAUUCCGGGCUGAGGGUGACACCAACUUGUCUCGACAUUAGUGUCCGUCGCUAGUUCGCUAGUUUGGCUCAUCUGUUUUCAUAAGGCCUAGCUAGGGUAUGUCCCAAAUGGCAGCCUAUAAUGGCACCCAUUCCCUAUAUACCCUGGUCAAUAGUAACUAUGUGGGGGGGAUGUGUUAGGAAGGUGUUCUUAAUGUUUUAUACACUCAGUCAGUGGUGGAAAAAGUACCCAAAAGUAAAGAAAAUGACUCAAGCACAAGUUAAAGUCACCCAGUAAAAGACUACUUGAGUAAAAGUCUAAAUGUAUUUGGUUUUAAAUAUACUUAAGUAUCAAAAGUAAAUGUAAUCUCAAAUAAACUUAAGUAUCAAAAGUAAAAGUGUAAAUCAUUUCACAUUCCUUAUAUUAAGCAAACCAGACGGCACAAUUUUCUUGUUUUUAAAAUGUAUGGAUAGCCAGGGGCACACUCCAACAUGCAGACAUAUUUUACAAAUGAAUAAUUUGUGUUUAGUGAGUGCCAGAUCAGCGGCAGCAGGGAUGACCAGGUAUGUUCUCUUGAUAAGUGCGUGAAUUGGACCAUUUUCCUAUCCUGCUAAGCAUUCAAAAUGUAACAAGUACUUUUGGGUGUCAGGGAAAAUGUAUGGAGUAAAAAGUACAUUAUUUUCAUUAGGCAGGUAGUGUAGUAAAAGUAGUCAACAAUACCAAUAGUAAAGUACAGAUACCCCAAAAAACUACUUAAGUAGUACUUUAAAGUAUUUUAAUUUUAGUACUUUACACCGCUGCCCUCAGUGUAUUAUUGAACUCAGUGGAUUUAAUUUGUUAUGGUAUUCAAGCUGUUUUUACCAUCCAGGUAACUGUCGCUUUUGCGGAGAGAUCGUUUUUCUAAACUAAAACUCAUAAAGAACUACCGAAGAAGCAUUAGGCUCACCGUCUGAUAGGCGCUUUUGUAACCUGAGUAAACUACACUCAUUGCACUGGCGCCAUCGUAGCCUUGACCACAGCAUUUGUUCACCGAUUUCCAUUUGCUUUCAAUCAGUUUAAUUUGUUAUUUUUCAAGACCUGAGGCCCUUUUUCAGUUACAUUCUGAAGCCCAAGACAAAAACCACUUCGUUUCCUACUACAUAUGGAAAUUAAAAAGGUUUAUGAAUGACUUUUUGGAGGGUUACUGUGAAAAUUAUUUGACUGUAACCCUCUGCGGGGGUGUCCAACAACCCAGUGGGGAUAGGGUACCAUUUGGGACACAGCUGUAGUUUCUGUGCUGUGUAUCUGUAUCUCUUCUUUCCCGAGCCUGCUCAGGUCCGAAUGGCAGUUAACGUCUGGUUCUGAAUAACACGUGUCAUUUCAGCUGCUUAAAAUACCUGAUUCAAUAAAAGAUUAAACAAAUGCGUUGAAAAACAAGAAAAUAAUAUCACUCUACAUGGAAUUAACCAUGUGCUACGUAUUUACAAUUGAAAUGAAAGUGUUUUAUUACAACUGUAGCUAGAGACUUUAUCACUCUUCUAGCCUUGCUGAACAAUUGAUCUAAUUCUCCACUUCCCCAUCCUCUCUCGCCCUUUCCCUUCAUUUCUCUUUUCUCUCUCUUUCUCCCUUUACCCUCUCUCCACACCCCCUCCCUCCCCCUCUUCCUCCCUCCAUGCCUCCUUUCCUCUCUCCAGUCAGUUGCUGUAUGAAUUUUACACCUGUAUCCCUCCUGACAAGCUGCAGAAACAGAAGGUGGCCUCCAUGACCGAGAUCGUCAGCAGCAAACUCUUCCAGAAGCAGGGUAAGACUAACCUCCAUGCUAGACAACUGACCAAUGACUGACCUCUAUGUUAACUACCAUAGGAGCAGCUAACCAAUCACACACCUCAUCUAGUAAGAGGUUAAAACUAGGCCUAUUUGGGUAGAUGGAGAAGGGUCUGCCCAAUAUCAGUUGCGAGGUCAUACAACCUUGACUAUUAUGAGAACAAGUGUUCUCUGAAACAUCCUACAUCACCAUUUAAACACACUACAACCUCACUUCACUCCCCUCCUUCCCUCCACUCAGAACCUAAAUUAUUAUGAAGGCCUAACUGGCUUGUAGUGGUGUGAUAAGUGGCCAAUCAGCUUCCUAAGUGGCCCCCAGUCAGAUUGAUGGAAGACUCUGGGUGCUACUGUUCUCUAAUUGGCUCCUGAUAAGUGGGAGAGCUGUCGCCACAGCGCCAGUCACAACUGACAGAUUGCUAUUGUUGUCAUGGCUCCCCACUCCGCUUUUUGUUUUUAAACUGAUAUCUGAAUGAAUAUGUUAGCGAGCGAGAGAGAUCAGAGAGAGAGAAAGCAGAUGGAGAGAGAGAGAGACCAGCAGCAGCAGAAGAGGCUUGUUGGCAGUUAGACAGACACCUAUCCCCCCUUCGCCCCUAACACCCCCAUCCUCUCUCCUCCCUGCUCCUCACUCCCUGGCCCGUCUUUGUUUUCGGGUGACAGAUGCUUUUGUAACUGGGGUGUGUGUGUCUGUGUGUGUUUGUUUUGUGUGUGUGUGUGUGUUUGUUUUGCUGUGUGUGUGUUUGUGUGUUCCCUAG